GGGGUCGUCCUGGGAAGUUCUGUUAAAACCAUUGUUAAGUGGAAAGAUGAAUUUCAAAAGACAGUUGAAGUUAGAUGAUAUUAGUUGGAUUUAAUAUACUUGAGGAUCGUCUGGUGUUUUAUUUUUAAGAUUGCCAUUCCCACCGGAAACAUAUUAUGUAACAAAGCUGUCUAUAUGCAUUGAUUUUAUAUUAAGCAGUGUCAUUUGCCCAAUUCGUUUACAUGAUUUGAUACUGAGCAAACCUUCUACGAAUGGAAAUGUUCUACCUGUGAUUGAUUAUCGAUAAGAAACUCUCAGUAAAAAUUAUUAAAUUUGGUUUUGCCAGUGGUCAUACGCAUAUCUAAUACUUAAACCGUAGUAACAUACCACGGCAAAAUAGUAAAUGCAUCUCAGCGAAGCGUUCGAUAUAAAAAAAAAAAAAUCAGGAAAACUCGUGCUUGGUGACGUACAAGACAGAGCAUUUUGUACUUUCAUUCAGCAGUUCCUACGGACCUCAUUUAUAUCUGUGCUUUUCCGAGUCCGUCCAUUGAUUGCCCUUUUGUCACACGUGGGUGUCCUCUUAUGCAAAACGUCAUUUAUCGUGAAUGAAACCUUCACAACUGCUAGCUCAUUUAAGAAUGAUUCAGAAUCUUGGAGUAAUUCCGGUGGCAUUAUGUUCAAGUCUCUCAUGAAUGAAACAAUGAACUGCUCAGAAGCAUCGUCACUUUAUAAUCAUACCAAGCAGGGAAUGCAAGAACUGCAAUUUUCUUUGAGAUGGGUGGUGACCCUGUCGUGUUUGUACGCUGCAACCACUAUACUUUCUGUGUUUGGAAAUGUCAUGGUCAUUUUAGUCUUCUUUAAAGGUAGACAGUCAAAAACAGAUUUAAGACCUUAUCUUGUGAAUUUAGCUGUGGCCGAUUUGAUUAUGGCGGUGUUUUGUAUGCCGUUUACAUUUGGUGACGUGGUCUUUCGGUCCUGGAUAUUUUCCGAACCAAUGUGCCCCGUCGUCAUCUUCAUGCAAACUAUUUCCGUCUCAGCAAGUGUUUUUAUAAAUGUUGCAAUCGGAAUAGACAGACUUUUAGUAGUGUUGUUUCCAUUAAAGUGUAAAAGAUCCAAAUCCCGCACUAAACUGGUUCUCUUAUUCAUUUGGUUGAUGUCCCUAAUUUUAGCCUGUAUGGUGGCCCCCGUUGGACGAGUGCAACACGACAACGGAAGAUACCUAUGUCAGGAGGUAUGGCCCAGUCACAAGCACAACCAAACCUUCACCAUUCUGAUAUUUAUUUUGACUUAUGCGUUACCUCUGUUGGUGCUUAUGAUAUCCUAUUCUAUCGUUGGUAUCAUUCUGUGGAAGAGGACGUCUCCCGGAAACAGGGAUCACGUGAGAGAUUUGUUGCAGCUGAGAGCAAAAGUCAAGGUUGUUAAGAUGCUCAUCGUGGUCGUUGCUAUGUUUGGAAUCUGCUGGAUGCCGCUGCAUAUCUUAAAUGUCAUCUUAAACUUCCGGACUGAAUCAUCUUGCAGAGCAGACGACACGAUGGCCGCCAUUUACAUAUCAGCACACUGGUUAGCUAUGGCCAACAGCUUUGCCAACCCAAUCAUUUACAGCUUCACAAACUCCAUAUUUCGGAAUGAUCUUGUCUCGCUGCUGUACUCCUGCUUUCCCUGCUGUUGUUGUUUGCGGAGCUACCUACCAUACAGAAACCAGAGAUUCGGCCACAUGACGUCACGGUAUGCCAGCGUUUCCAAAUCCUCACCCUUCGGUUCUCACCGUUCCUGGGCGGUGUCAUUCCGGACAUAUCAAACCGGAAGCUUGAGUUCAAGGUCACACCUGAGCAGCACUCGAAGGCAGAUGCGUAUCAGUAUUAAUUCCAACAAAUCUACUCCCAGUGUUAAAAGUAGCAGGACACUUGUACAUGGCAAUAAUAUGUAGUCACCAUCUUUUGAUGUGGUUUGUACCAAAAAAAAUAAAA